CCGUCGAGCAGCGGGACUCCAGGCUCUCACUUCCCCAGCUGCUGACGUCAGCUGGCAGCCUGGGCUGUGCUCGCCGCUCCGGACAUAGCGCCGAGAAAAAUGCUGCUCUCCGUAUCGCCAAGGGCAGGAAUCAACCCAUACAACGGCUAUAACAGCAGAAACAGCAAAAAGCAGACCUAUGUGUCCUCCGGCCACCAGAUGGCACCCCCCAGUCCCAACACCAACAGUAGUAGCAACAGCAGUGGCGGUGGAGGGGAACAGCUGAGCAAAACCAAUCUGUAUAUUCGCGGCCUCCAUCCGGGGACCACGGACCAAGAUCUGGUCAAGCUCUGCCAACCGUAUGGCAAAAUUGUGUCGACCAAGGCCAUCUUGGACAAAACUACCAACAAAUGUAAAGGCUAUGGCUUUGUGGAUUUCGACAGUCCAGCAGCAGCACAGAAAGCUGUUACAGCUCUGAAAUCCACUGGGGUCCAGGCUCAGAUGGCUAAGCAACAGGAGCAGGACCCCACCAACCUCUACAUCUCCAACCUGCCCGUGUCUAUGGAUGAGCAAGAGCUGGAGAGCAUGCUCAAGUCUUUUGGCCAGGUCAUUUCCACCCGCAUCCUCCGAGAUGCUAAUGGGACCAGCCGCGGCGUCGGAUUUGCCAGGAUGGAAUCCACGGAGAAGUGCGAGGCCAUAAUUCAGCAUUUCAAUGGCAAAUUCAUCAAGACUCCACCAGGAAUACCCGUGCCCACAGAGCCCUUAUUAUGUAAGUUUGCAGACGGAGGUCAGAAGAAGAGGCAGAACCAGAGCAAAUAUCUCCAAAAUGGAAGACCUUGGGCUAGAGACGGAGAUACGGGAGGAAUGACGCUUGCGUAUGACCCCACAGCCUUACAAAAUGGCUUCUACUCCUCACCUUACAGUCUGGCUCCAAAUCGAAUGAUUGCUCAGACUUCCCUCUCUCCCUACAUGCAUUCUCCUGUCUCAUCAUACCAGGUACACAACCCGUCCUGGAUGCACCAUCAGUCAUACCUCAUGCAGCCAGCUGGUACAGUUAUUACCCCAACAAUGGAACAUGCCAUGUCCAUCCAGCCCACAUCCAUGAUGGGACCUCUCACCCAGCAACUAAGCCACCUGUCUCUGGGCAGCACAGGCACAUAUAUUCCGGCCAAUACAACUAUGCAGGGGACCUACAUCCCCCAGUACACCCCAGUGCCUCCUUCCAGCGUCCCAGUAGAGGAAAACGGUGGCCAGCAGCAGCAGGUUGCAAUGGAGACUCCUACAGAACACACAAACUACUCAUACCAACACACCAAGUAAAGCUAAGGUAGGUAAGGUCGCUCCUUCCUGCAAAUUACAAAUAUGUGGACGUUUGUAAAUUGCUUAAUUAGCAAAAUUGUAAUGAGCAUGAAUGAAAACACAAGUCGUGGUUAAAAGGGACACAGAUGAUUACAAUGGUGAAAAUAUUACUAAGUUAAAAUAACUUUUUUUAAGGAGGUUUCCACAAAUCAAAAAC